AUGGCCAUGAACUCCGAGAUUGGUGCCAAUAUCCCAACCAUCAAGGUCUAUUCAGACAAGUUUUCUGGCCAUGUUGCUGUUCUCACAGGAGCUGCUCAAGGAAUCGGUGCUGUGACAGCUCAACUGUUUGCCCAGCAAGGCGCCCAAGUCAUUAUUCUUGACAUCCAAGAGGAAUUGCUUCAAAAGGUUCAAUGUCUGAUCCAAUCCCGCGGCGGCAAAGCAAGCUAUCUGGUCUGUGAUAUCACGGACGAACGACAAAUUCACGAAAGUGUCGACUCGAUCAUUCGUCAAUUCCAAAAGAUUGACAUCCUUGCCAACAUCGCUGGAAUUUAUCUGUUUGAUCUUCUCAACGACAUGACGACUGAAUCCUACCGCCGCAUGAUGUCGGUAAAUCUUGACGCCUCCUUCUACCUCACUCGUGCCGUUCUUCCUCAUAUGCAGAGAUCUGGAUAUGGGCGUAUCAUCCAUACGUCGUCGUCCACAUUCCAAGAGCCAGAACCAGGGCUUGCUGUAUAUGCUACGUCAAAGGCCGCCAUUAUAGGCUUGGUGCGCGGUACUUCCGUUGAAGCCGGGCCCGGUGUGACUGUGAACGCCGUGAUGCCGGGGCUGAUCAAAACGGACCAGGUGUGGAAUUCGGGAGUACAAUCUGAUGGAUCACACUCUCUUUUUGAGCGUGUAAUUGCAAAACAGGAUGUGAAACGGUGUGGGACACCCGAUGACAUUGCGCACGCCUUCUGCUUCAUUGCCAGCCCGGAGGCUUCGUUUAUUAGUGGACAAAUUUUCGAUGUGAGUGGCGGGGAAACUUUUCACUAG